AGUCAAAAUUUAAAGCUCCAAUCAAAUAUAUCAAAAAAAUGAAAUUAGCAAUCGCAAUUUUCACCAUUGUCGCUGCAUUUGCAGCCAUCAACGCCAACCCAAUUUCAGUCAGCAACAAUAAUGUUGGAGAUAUUGUCACAGUUGGAGUUAACGCAAAUGUCCAGGCAACCAGCGACAUAAAUGUCAACAUUAUUACAGCAAUUUUGGCUCUAUUAAAUCAACAAGCAUUAAUCGUUAGUCCACAAGCAGCUGGAGAUGUUCAACCCGCAAGUUUAAUUACACCAGAAGUGCUCAGUGAAGCUAAAAAUUUGAAAAUUACUCCUGAGAUGAUCGAGGGAUUUAAGACGUUGUUGCAACAGUAUCAAAAGUAAUGGUUGAUGGGGAAGUUGUGAGGAACUGAGGAUUGAGAAGAAAUUAAUUGAAUUUAAGCUAUGAAAUCAUAAUCCGACACAUAUUUUAUUAUUAUACAUUAUUUAGACAUGUUUUCUUAUUUUAAUCCAUUAAAAGUAUUCAAUAAUAAAAAUUAGCUUUUGUGUGACUC